UAUGCAAAUUUUGACGUCAUAUCGAAAGACUAUACACACACAAGACAGUUUGACACAUGGAUUGAUAAACGCCGGUUGUUUCAUAAUUUUGUAUACUUACUGUGAUAUUGUGUGUUUUUAUUAAAAUGGGAGCUACUGUAUCAAGAACGGAUUUCGAAUGGUCUUAUACACAAGAACCACAUGCAUCCAGAAGGAAAGAGAUUCUUAGUAAAUACCCAGAGAUGAAGAAGUUGAUGGGCCACGACCCAAUGCUGAAGUUUGCAGUAACGGCGGCAGUGUUGUUUCAAUUACUUAUGGCUUACAUGGUGCAAGAUGCGAGCUGGGUUACCAUUUUGGUGUUAUCUUAUUGUAUUGGAGGGACAAUUAAUCACUCAAUGUCUCUAGCUAUUCACGAAAUUGCUCAUAAUUCAGCAUUUGGUCAUACAAGACCUCUUGCUAACCGAUUUCUUGGAUUUUUCGCAAAUAUUCCAAUUGGAGUUCCGGUGUCGAUUUCAUUCCGGAAGUACCAUUUGGAACACCAUAGAUAUCAAGGGGACGACGAGAAGGACGUCGAUAUACCAACUAAAUUUGAAGCGAAACUUUUCACAAAUUCGUUUACAAAGUUAAUCUGGGUGCUGUUACAACCAUUCUUCUACAGUAUACGGCCAUUCUUCGUGCGUCCCAAAGCAGUGCAACCCUUGGAACUUCUUAAUAUCGUCUUACAAAUUGCUGUAGAUGUACUUAUUGUGUAUAGUAUGAGCUACAAGUCUCUAGUCUAUUUGAUAGCUGGCACAUUUUUGGCUACCGGACUUCAUCCAAUGGCAGGUCAUUUCAUAUCCGAACACUAUAUGUUCAAGAAGGGGUAUGAAACGUAUUCAUAUUACGGACCACUGAAUUACCUCACGUUUAACGUAGGUUACCACAACGAACACCAUGACUUUCCAAGUAUCCCUGGAUCAAGACUUCCAUUGGUCCGUAAGAUCGCUCCAGAAUAUUAUGACAACUUGCCGAGUCAUACAUCAUGGGUGAAGGUCAUUUGGGACUUUAUCACCGACCCUGCCAUAGGCCCCUAUGCCAGAGUGAAGAGAACACCGAUUCCCAUUAACCCAUCUAUACCAGAGGACACACCAGAUGAUGCGAUAAAGAUUGGCGAUUAUGUUAACAAAAAUGGAACAGGGGAAAAUGGGAAUAUAGGAAAUGGACAGCAUGAAAAUGGAAAAGUUAGAAAUGGACUGCAUGCUAAUGGAAAAGUUGGAAAACAGGAAUGAUCAAGUAACUAACAUAUUAUAUUAAUAGACAAUGCCUUGCUGUUUAGUUUGUAAACAUGGUUCAUAACGUCAAUGGAAUACCCACAGUUUCAGGGUACGCAUAAAUGAAAAAAGUGCUGAAGUUUCUUGUUACACAACAGCCUGAAUCUGCUGUAACUGUUUAAAAGUAUAUGAGUAAAUAUACAGAUACGACAGUUCCACACAUAGGCAUAAGGGUUAUUUUCAAAAGGUUAUACCUAUUAGAAAUAACCAGAUGUUCUUAUUAUGUCAAAGUAACUUGCUUGUUAUAACGUUCUGAUUUUCUUGCCAAAUAUUGCGUUAAUUGUUAGACAGUUCUUAAAACAGUUUUUUACCUUGAUUGUUAAUUCUAGAUUUUAUUUUUUUUUCAAAACUUGUUGUGUAGUAACUACACUAAGUGCAAAUCUUGAUUGCUGUGCUUUUAGUUUUAUAAAAUAUUUGUUUAAUAUAGAAGUUCUUAUUGUUUAGUACAAACUCAUUUACUUGUCUUAGUUGCUAAAAUAUUUUUUCAAAUUUUAAUAAAUUACCUGUGUAUAUGUAAUAUACUAUCAUCAGUAUACUGUAAAUUAAACACAAUUUGCUAGAUAUUGUAUUCAUGUGAAGUGUUCAAUUAUUUCUGAAUGAAGCAGAAAUCAGGAAUAUACACAGACAUAGUAAUAUUUUAUAGCCCAGUAAUGCACUCAGUCUUUUUAGCUUUCAAAGCAUUUAAUGGGGUUUGUUUGUGAUUGUUCUGUUAUAAAGUGCUACUAGAGUACCGUUUUAGCAGAUAUAUUUGUUACAUUUUGUAUAGCUUCUUUCAAAUAUUGUUUUGUCUUAUGUUA